AUGGCACAAGCGGCCAAACACCUCCGCAAGAACAAGGAUUUAGAAGCCGCGGCAGAGCAGGAGCGCAAAGAGAAGGAGGAGGAGAGGGUCAAGAAGAGGAGCCGCUCGCGGGAUAAAAAGCGCAAGGCAGAUGCUGGCAACAGUUUUCUCCGAGCGGCCCGUUCUGGCAACCUGGACAAGGCCCUGGACCAUAUAAAAAAUGGCAUUGAUAUUAACACAGCCAAUCAGAAUGGGCUCAAUGGGUUGCAUCUGGCCUCGAAAGAAGGCCAUGUCAAAAUGGUGCUGGAGCUACUCCACAACGGGAUCAUACUGGAGACCACCACAAAGAAAGGGAACACGGCCCUGCACAUUGCAGCCCUGGCAGGGCAGGAGCAGGUGGUCACUGAGCUGGUUAACUAUGGGGCCAAUGUCAAUGCUCAGUCCCAGAAGGGUUUCACUCCACUCUACAUGGCUGCACAAGAAAACCAUCUAGAGGUUGUGAAGUUUCUUCUGGAGAACGGAGCCAAUCAGAGCAUUCCAACCGAGGACGGAUUUACUCCUCUGGCCGUGGCUCUUCAGCAGGGACAUGAAAAUGUUGUAGCCCUGCUCAUCAACUAUGGCACCAAGGGAAAGGUCCGCCUCCCUGCGCUGCACAUUGCAGCACGCAACGAUGAUACACGCACAGCCGCAGUGCUCCUGCAAAAUGACCCCAAUCCUGAUGUACUCAGCAAGACUGGAUUCACACCUCUCCACAUUGCUGCACACUAUGAAAACUUGAACGUAGCUCAACUGCUGCUCAAUAGAGGAGCCAAUGUCAACUUCACCCCAAAGAACGGUAUCACUCCUCUGCACAUUGCAUCCAGACGGGGAAAUGUGAUCAUGGUCCGUCUCCUGCUAGACAGAGGGGCACAGAUUGAUGCCAAGACCAAGGAUGAGUUGACUCCUCUGCACUGUGCAGCCAGAAAUGGUCACGUCAGGAUCAUAGAGAUCCUGCUAGACCAUGGAUCCCCCAUCCAGGCAAAGACCAAGAAUGGCCUGUCUCCAAUCCACAUGGCAGCACAGGGGGACCACAUGGACUGUGUCAAGCAGCUUCUGCAGUACAACGCAGAGAUUGAUGAUAUCACACUGGACCACCUUACACCUCUGCAUGUGGCGGCACACUGCGGCCACCAUCGCAUGGCCAAAGUGCUGCUGGACAAAGGGGCCAAACCCAAUUCUCGGGCGCUGAAUGGAUUUACUCCAUUGCAUAUUGCUUGUAAAAAGAACCACAUGCGUGUGAUGGACCUCCUGCUUAAACAUUCGGCAUCAUUAGAGGCUGUGACUGAGUCUGGCCUGACCCCCUUGCAUGUGGCAUCAUUUAUGGGUCAUCUCAACAUUGUGAAGAUCCUGCUGCAGAAAGGAGCUUCCCCCAGUGCAUCUAAUGUGAAAGUGGAGACUCCUCUCCAUAUGGCAUCUCGGGCAGGACAUUAUGAGGUGGCGGAGUUUUUACUGCAGAACACAUCACCAGUGGACGCCAAGGCCAAGGAUGACCAAACACCUCUGCAUUGUGCUGCUCGGAUGGGCCACAAGGAGCUAGUGAAGCUGCUGCUGGAGCACAAAGCCAACCCAAACUCCACUACCACAGCAGGACACACUCCCCUACACAUCGCUGCCCGUGAGGGUCAUGCACAAACUGUACGCAUCCUCCUGGACAUGGAGGCACAGCAGACCAAGAUGACCAAGAAAGGCUUCACUCCGCUUCAUGUGGCCUCCAAGUAUGGCAAGGUGGAUGUUGCAGAGCUGUUGUUGGAGAGAGGAGCCAAUCCUAAUGCUGCUGGAAAGAAUGGUCUGACUCCGUUGCAUGUUGCUGUACAUCACAACAACUUGGAUGUUGUUAACCUGCUUGUCAGCAAGGGAGGGUCACCACAUAGUGCAGCGAGGAAUGGUUACACUGCCCUCCAUAUAGCAUCUAAGCAGAAUCAGGUAGAGGUGGCUAAUAGCCUGCUGCAGUACGGAGCUUCGACCAAUGCUGAGUCACUACAGGGAGUCACACCUCUGCACCUGGCCUCUCAAGAAGGAAGGCCAGACAUGGUCUCCCUGCUCAUCUCCAAACAGGCCAACGUCAACCUCGGCAACAAGAGUGGAUUGACCCCGCUCCACCUGGUGGCACAGGAAGGACAUGUUGGUAUAGCUGAUAUCUUGGUGAAGCAAGGAGCUUCAGUCUAUGCUGCCACACGGAUGGGCUACACCCCUCUUCAUGUAGCGUGUCACUAUGGCAACAUCAAGAUGGUGAAGUUUCUCCUGCAGCAACAAGCCAAUGUCAACAGCAAAACACGGCUCGGUUACACUCCUCUGCACCAGGCGGCCCAGCAAGGACACACAGACAUCGUAACACUGUUGCUGAAGCAUGGAGCUCAGCCCAAUGAAACCACUACAAAUGGCACUUCAGCACUGGCCAUUGCUAAGAGGCUGGGCUACAUCUCUGUGAUUGAUGUCCUAAAGCUUGUCACUGAGGAGACAGUUUCCAUGACCACCACAGAGAAACAUCGCAUGAGUUUCCCAGAAACAGUGGAUGAAAUACUAGACGUGUCUGAGGAUGAAGGAGAGGAGCUCUUGGGGACAGAAGGGGCCAGGUACAUGAAGAUGGAUGACAUGAAAGACCAUGAUGACGAUUUCCUCUCCCCCAAGAAAUCACUGGAGUACGAGAGAGGGCUGGGCACAGCAAAUUACUCACCAGCCAUUCCCAGGAUCCCCCGUGUCUCUCCAGAGACUGUCAUCCUGAAACACGAGAUGGAUCAGCAACACACUCCACUUCCACUGCCAAAAGAAUAUGAUGAAGACUCACUGAUUCCCAGCAGCCCAGCAACUGAGACGUCAGACAACGUCAGCCCAGUCGCCAGUCCCAUACACACAGGGUUCUUGGUCAGUUUUAUGGUGGAUGCUCGAGGCGGCUCAAUGCGAGGCAGCAGGCAUAACGGUCUACGUGUCAUCAUACCUCCACGGACCUGUGCGGCCCCCACCCGCAUCACCUGCCGCCUGGUGAAGCCGCAGAAGCUUACUAGCCCCCCUCCAUUGGUGGAGGGAGAGGGGCUGGCCAGCAGAAUCAUCUCCCUCGGUCCAGCCAGCAUGCAGUUUCUGGGACCAGUGAUCGUGGAGAUCCCUCAUUUUGCUGCUCUGGGUCGUGGUGACCGGGAGCUCGUGGUGCUGAGGAGCGAAAAUGGCUCCGUCUGGAAAGAACACCGCAAUCGCUACGGCGACGAGGUGCUGGAAACAAUCCUCAAUGGGAUGGAUGAGGAAUUAGAGAGUCAAGAGGAACUUGGGAAGAAGCGAAUCCGCCGCAUCAUCUCCACCGACUUCCCCCUUUAUUUUGCUGUUGUGUCACGUGUUCAGCAAGAGAGCGACCUGAUUGGUCCAGAGGGCGGUUCAUUGACAAGUAAACUGGUGCCGAUGGUCCAGGCCACAUUUCCAGAGACGGCAGUCACCAAACGAGUCCGUCUGGGGCUGCAGGCACAGCCAGUUCCAGAUGAGCUGGUUGCCAAGCUGUUGGGUAACCAGGCAAACUUUAGCCCAGUGGUGACUGUGGAGCCUCGGCGGCGCAAGUUUCACAGACCCAUCGGCCUGCGUGUACCCCUGCCUCCAUCCUGGAGGGAUAGCCCCCGAGACUCUGGGGAGGGUGACACCACCAGUCUACGUCUGCUUUGCUCUGUCAUAGGAGGCACAGCCCCAGCCCAGUGGGAGGACAUUACUGGCACCACCAAGCUUAUGUAUGCCAGUGAAUGUGCUAAUUUUACAACUAAUGUAUCAGCACGAUUCUGGCUUGCAGAUUGUCCUCGGACAGCCGAGGCUGUUUCUUUUGCCAACCUGCUCUACAGAGAGCUAUCAGCAGUACCCUACAUGGCCAAGUUUGUGGUGUUUGCUAAGAUGAAUGAGCUACGUGAGGGCCGCCUGCGCUGCUACUGCAUGACCGACGACAAGAUGGAUAAAACCCUUGAACAACAUGAAAACUUCACAGAGGUGGCCCGUAGCAGAGAUAUAGAGGUGAUGGAGGGAAUGCCCCUUCACCUGGAGUGUUCAGGGAAUCUUGUGCCAGUGAGGAAGGCCACCCAGCAACCUCGUUGCUUCAGUUUCCAGGCUUUCAAAGAUAACCGACUUCCUGUCUCUGUUAAGGUGAGAGACAGCAGUAAAGAGCCCACUGGAUUUCUGUCUUUCCUGCGCAAGUCCACCAAGUAUGAAGACAGCCAACAUGUGCUGUGUAACCUCAACAUUACCAUGCCUCCAUGUAUCAAGAUUAUUGGAAGUGAAGACAGGAGGCGAACUCUGACCCCACUGGCUUUAAGAGAAAGAUACAGCGCCCUUAAUGAACCUGCCAUGGCAUCAAUGAGUGCCAUGGAGAGGACAGAGUUGAAGAUGGCUGUGAUUGCAGAGCAGUUGGGAUUGAGCUGGGCUGAGUUGGCGCGUGAGCUUCAGCUCAGUGUGGAUGACAUCAAUAAGAUCCGUGUGGAGAAUCCAAACUCCCUGCUGGAGCAGAGCUCUGCACUCCUCAACCUGUGGGCCACCCGUGAGGGCAAAAGGGCCAAGAUGGAGAGCUUGUACACGGCUCUGAAGAGUAUUGACCGCAUGGAUAUAGUCAACAUGUUAGAGGGCCAACCACCUCAGCCUGCGAGACAAGGCUCCCGUGAUCUAAGCAGACGCCGACACAAUGAGAGAGAACACAUCUCCCCUGGUAUGACCAAUGGUUAUGGUCUCACGCAGGACGAGCUUCUUUCGCCGGCCUCCAUGCAGUACAGCCUGCCUUCCCCACUGGGCGCUGAGCCAUACUGGCAGGAAGUCUCCAGUCUGGACUGUGCACCCAUUGCCACCACAGAAGAGGACACCCUCAUGGAGAUGUCUGAUGUUCAGGUGUGGCCCUCAGGCAACAGCCCCUCCCUGGUGCCUGUAGAGGACUCCUCGCUGGAGUGCAGCAAUGCUGAUGAUUCAGAAGGCCUGCUGGGGCUGCCGUAUGGAAGUCUGGGUCGGCCGGCCAGUCAGGCCAGCGCAGCCAGUGGAGGGGGUGGGGUGCUGAGUGGCUCCAUUGAGCUACCCGAAGAUGAUUCAGAGAUAGGUGUUGACUCGCUCAGCACUGCCACGCCAGCCUCACUUGGGGGCACCAUCGCUGGGAUCAAUCUUAACGGGCUGAACAAUGGUCAGGGGUCAGAGGCAAGUUCGGAGGUAUCAGCUGUCACUAGUACGACUGGUGGAAAUGCUGGAGGAGGAGGAGGUGGAGGAGGGACGGGCUCAGAGGAAGGGCUUUGUCUUGUUGCAGGACAGCAAAAGGUGUAUGCUCGGCUGAGUGAGUCACCUGGUCUGAGCUGUGUUGCAGAUCGGAAUGGAGACAGGUCAGGCAAUGGUGGAAACGGAGGUGGUGGUGGCUCUUUCCUUUCCUACCUGCAGGAACAGACAGGCCCAGGGUGGAUCCCUGUCACUGACCCUACUCAGGCCUGGGUGGGCAGUCAGCCUAAACCCAGGCAGGCCAUCGAUAACAUGAUGUCAUCAGUACGUAAUGCCAUGGAAGGAGACCUGACCCACGUGUCCCAGGAGGCCUUGCUGCAGCCUGUAAGGGACAUGGGGCACUCUGAGAUAUUACGGGGGCACUUCAGAGGUACUCAGCCAUUUGAGAAGGGUUUGGGCUUCCCACACAGAGUACCGGAGCUGAGGGCCUGGGACGACGUGCGCCUAAAGGGCCAGGUGAGGAAUUUGCUUCUCUCAUGUACAAUGAGAGACAACGGGGCAAUGUGGGCCCUGGUGACCGAGCUCCUCUUCAGCUUCGUGCUGCUUGCUUUCCUGGUCAUCAGCUGUCAGAAUGUCCUCCACAUAGCCAGCGGCUCUGUGCGGUCUGUGCUCACCUACAUACAUGCUCAGCUGGACCGUGAGCUUGGUGAGGUUGAGGGAGUGGCUGACGAAGAGGAGAAUGUCACCACAAGAGUGGUCCGCCGAAGAGUCAUCCUCAAGGGUGAUGAGGUUGAAGAUCUUCCUGGGGAACAAGUGAGCGAGGAACAGUUCACGGAUGAGCAUGGCAAUAUUGUCACAAAAAAGGUUGUGCGUAAGGUUGUCCGCAGAGGGAAGGGUUCAGGUGAGGAGGGGGUUCAGGAGAUGAGCGUGGAGGGUUCUCUGCAGGAUGCCAACGAGCUGGAGAUGGAUGCUGAGCAGUUCAUGAGCUACGCCAUCCUGGGCCGGGACAGCGGCAAGUCCGAUUCUGUGGAUGUGAAGAAAGGUGCUCAGAUAGUGAAAUGUGCCACUCUGCGGAGAGUUAAGCAGUGAGGCAGACUGAGUGCUGCGUCCCCGCAGAGUUCUCCGCAGGAUUCAACCCCUUCACCAAAACCAUCCUACAUGGACACAUGACCAGCAGCAGCUGACAGACGGAAGAACACAC